AUGGAGGUUCAAUCACUUUAUGCAAAAGCCUCUAAGUGUGAAUUUGGGAUGACAGAGAUCUUAUAUCUGGGACAUAUCAUUGGCGUUGAUGGUGUGAAGGUGCAUCAAGAAAAGAUUCAAGCAAUCUUAGAAUGGCCACCACUUAAAAGCAUAUAUGAGUUGAGAGGCUUCUUGGGGUUGUGUUCAUAUUACAGGAGGUUUGUGUGUGGAUUUUCACAGUUAGCCUCUCCAUUAACGGACUUAACUAAGAAUGGUGCAUUCUUAUGGUCAGAAGGUGCACAGUUAGCUUUUGAUAAGCUUAAAAAUGCUACGAGUUCAUGUCCAGUGUUGGCAUUACCAGAUUUCACGCAACCAUUUGUAUUGGAGUGUGAUGCAUUGGGACAAGGAAUUGGUGUAGUGUUAAUGCAGAACAGGCAUUCGAUCGCAUAUGAGAGCAGAAAGUUGCGGGACACUGAGAGACUCUAUUCCACAUAUGAUAAGGAGAUGCUAGCAAUCAUGCAUGCACUAGCUAAGUUCAGGCACUACUUGGUAGGGACUCGUUUCGUAGUGCGAACAGAUCAUAACAGUCUCAAGUAUUUUCUCGAGCAGAAGGAUUUGAAUGAGCGGCAACAAAAAUGGGUGCCACAAACUUACAAUAUGAAUCGCCAACAGCAAGAAGGAUGA